AGCGCCGGUGGGGCGGGAGGUGGGGGUCUGUGGACGCGGGCGCCAGCGGGAUGGAGGAUGCGGUGGUGGAGCUGGCGCCGGGGGACGACUGCGAAAGCAGUACCAAGAGAGGGCAUGCAGAUGGUCAGCCUGUGGUGAUCCUUCUGGGUUGGGCAGGCUGCCAGGACAGAUACCUGGCCAAAUACAGCACAAUCUACAGCCAGAAGGGGUGCACUGUCAUCCGCUACACAGCUCCAUGGAGGAUGGUAUUCUUCUCUGAGACCUGUGGCAUCAGGUCCCUCCAGACCCCAGCCAAGCGACUUCUGGAGCUACUCUUUGAAUACAGCAUUGAGAACAGACCAGUUCUUUUCCAUGUUUUCAGCAAUGGUGGUGUCAUGCUGUACCGCUACAUCAUGGAAAUGCUCCACUCUCACAAGCAAUUUAAAGACCUCAAAGUAGCAGGCACCAUUUUCGAUAGCGCCCCUGGCAGAAGAAACCUGAGAGGAGCCCUUCGUGCCUUUGCAACAAUCCUGGUGUCCAGGAAUGUGCUGCUCAAGUAUUUCCUCUUAUUUGCUUUUGCUACUGCAGCUGCUGUGCUGCGAAUCCUGCUGUACCCAUUGACCCGCUUCAUCCACAAGAGCCAUUAUGAUGUCCUGCUGAAAGCACCCUCACGGUGGCCUGAGCUUUACCUCUAUUCCCAAGCCGAUGCCAUCAUCAAGGCCAGCGAAGUGAAGUCCAUGGCUGAUGCCCGUCAGCAGCUUGGUGUCUCUGUGAAGGCUGUGGACUUUGCAUAUUCAGCUCAUGUUAGCCACAUGCGGGCAUAUCCCACCUAUUACAGCAGCCUCUGUACGACUUUCCUGUCUGACUGUCUUGAGGGCUCACCUCAAUAGAGUUAUAAUGACCACCAGUGUUUGCCUCUUUGCUCAGUUUAUAUGGGAAACUUCACCCCCUUUGCCUUUACAUGUUUGGAGGGAGGGAAGUUGAGACUUAUUAGCUGUUUGGGUUGGUUUUUUCUCUCCACCAUAUACAGGUUUGAAAGCCUCUGUGUUACAGCAGAAGGUAGAUAAGGAUUAAUUUAAAGUACUGAAGGUGAAAUCCUAGGAUGGUUGAUGUUGAUCUGCUUUGAUGAUGGCACCAGGGUGUCAGAGGCCAGAAUUUCACACAGGUGGUUAUUUGUUUCUUCCUGUUCUCCUGUUGUUCUCUGCUUUCCACGUUGUGUCCUUAUUCACUCAUGUUCAGUAUGCAUGGUCUGUUGCCUUGUGCUGAUUUUACAUGUCUUUAGCUGUUUUUUUCUUCUGAGCCAUUUCUUUUACCUCACAGUGAGCAAACAGAAGCAGCUGUGCAGGAUUUGCCUCUCUUGGUGCAUCCUAUCUCUUGCUAUACUGCUUGCUGGAGUUCAGGCCCAGAAACCAAGUGUAAGACCUGGAGAAAGUGUGUGCAGGGCAGUGUGGCCAUACUAUCAUCUGGUUCCACUAAAUAGCUGAGAUAGAGCAUUCAAAGCUUUGAUCCUUGUUGAGAGCUCAAAUGUUUGUGAUAACUUUUGUGGUUUUCAACUAAAACAUGUAAGUUAACCUUUU